AUGCUGAGGGCUCUUGACUGUGGCGGAUUCCUCGUGGCGCCCCAGUGGGUAAUGACGGCUGCGCACUGCGAUGGGUAAGUCUCACUAAUCCCUCCUUGAUUUUUAGCAGGGAUGGUCAUAGAAUCAUAGAAUUGUAUCGUUGGAAGGGACUGCAAGGGUCAUUUGGUCAGCUAAAGCACCCAAGACAGAUGACCACCUAACCAUCAAGGUGCACAGCUGGUUGUAUGGAGGGAGCCUGGUCUUUUGCACGGGGGCCAGGAGGGGAUUGAGUCCUGGCAUCUCUGACACUAACUGAUGCUCUCUUUCCAGCAACUAUAGCGUCACCUUGGGGGCACAUAACAUCUCCAAUAAAGAACCCUCUCAGCAAGUGUUCAGCAUUGAGGCUAGCUACUCACACCCAGAAUAUAAAAGCCAUAACGAAUAUAACGAACUCAUCUCAUACAACGAUAUCCGUCUGCUCAAGGUAGCUUGCUCCAAGCAAUCUCUCCUUCUAUCUUUCCCCCGAGGUCAGUGAUCUUGAAGGCAGAAGGAGCCAAGGCUCUCCUAACCGUCCCAAUGUGUGCAGCAAAAUGAACUAGAUUUUGUGCAGUUUACCCUGGCAUUGGAUGACCAAAAGUCUCUUCCGUAGCAGCCCAGAAAUCAUUAAAUUCGGAGUAGGCAGUUGCUUGUAGGAGUUUUUAUCUAAUUCUGGGAAUGUUUUUUCUAAAAGCGAUUUCAGUUGUAUUCUUUUGGUAUUGAAAUGUUUGCCAGAAAGCAGAUUUGGGAAUGCAGUGGAGAAGCCCCAUCGCAUUCUCAAGACUCUUGCUGGUACAACCAUCCAGUUAAACGUGCGCCAUUAAUAUUAUCCAUACCGUAAUAUUAUCAUUCUGUAUUAUCAAUACAGUCUGCUCCUUUUUUGCCCAAAGUUCCCCAUUUCAGAGGCACCAGACUCCCCCAAGGGCUUCCUCAAGCAACACUAAACCAAUGAGCUCUCGCCCAUCUCUCCUUUCCGCAGCUGAAUUCCAAGGCUACUCUGAAUGAAUAUGUCCAGAUCCUGCGCUUGCCCAAAUUCGACCGUGACCUCUCCCAUGGGACCCCCUGCAGCGUGGCAGGAUGGGGCCAGGUUUACAAAGACUGGUCACCCAAAACACUCUAUGAGACCAAUGUUGCCAUCUAUGACCGUAGGCAGUGCAUCAAGUUGUAUACUGAUCUCGAUGAUGGGCAGGUCUGUGCCGGGAGAAAGAACAAGCCUGAGACUGUUUUUCAGGUGAGAGCCAGCAGAAGCAGCAAGUCACAGGAUCAGAGGUGGGGGAGCUGCACACCUUCCCCAGUUAUGGAUCCCUCUCUUCUGAGGGAUCCUUCUCCUCUCCAGCCGAAGACACAUGGGCAGAUGCCCAUCUACUUAUACCUGGUCUCAGGGACGUAGGAAGAGGGUGCGGGGUGUGUGGUCUGCCCCAGGUGUCAUCCCUGAGGGGUGACAAAAUGGCACACCACGGGGGGGCUGGCCUGAAGCACGCCUGAGCUACACUUUUCUCCUGGGAGUGACCCAGUGGCUCGGAGCCCCGCGGUGCCCAAAACGGCAGCAUGGGGCUUGCGUCCGCCAGACAGACUCCGUGAGCAGCUCUCUGCAGGACCCCCUGGGUGGCUCACCCAGCCCCCCCAUGCUUGGAUCGCCGUGGGGCCCUUGUGGGCAUCUUGUCCCACCCUCACUGCUCUGGGUGCUGGAACAGCUAGCUAUGCCCCUGCCUGGCCUGACCAACCCAGUGGCUUCAAAGAAUGUCUGCCAAUUCCCGGGGUGGAUGUCGAAUGAUGCCCUUCACUUCUGUGCUUCACAGGCGCUCCAAGGGUCCCCAAAAGCGAAGCUGGAGUUAUUUAGGCUUGCAUCCUGCUAAGGGCUCCUGCACAACUCCUCUUGCCCCGCUGCUUUUCCAGGAGAAAACCGCUCUUUGGAGCUGAAUCGGAGCAAACAAGAAAGGAGUUUUCUGCAGAUUGCUGUUUGUUCCAAUUUAGAGCUAAAGAGCUGAUUUUCCCGGGGAAAGGAGUGGGGCAAGGGGGAAACUGCUCGGACGGGACAAUCGAGCCCUAAGUCCUACUGAGAGCUGACCCACUGAAAUCAACACUCAGUGUGUUUCAUAAUAUUAUGAGAUGCCACCUUUGGUCUGGUUCACAUUUUGAACACAAGCAGAACUGAUUGCUUUCUGAACUAAUAGCGGAACUGAAAUUCGGUUAUCUUUGAUCAUCUAGUUAUCUUUGAUCAAUAGCUCUCCACUCAAAUAAUAUAUACAUAAAGGAGUGCACUAGCAGAAAGAGCACAUAGAAAUGCAUAUAUUCGUAAAACUAAUGUACAAAAAUGCAAUUGAUUAGAAAGACAUUGCCCUCCAAAAUGUGUAUACAGUGGUACCUCGGGUUACAGACACUUCAGGUUACACGAUUUCGGGUUGUGCACCGCGCCAAACCCAGAAGUACCGGAACGGGUUUCUUCCAGGUUUCGGCGCAUGUGCAGAAGCGCUAAAUUGCACUUUGCGCAUGCGCAGAACCACUGAAUCGUGACCCGCGCGGGUGGGGCGGGUUGCGGAAGUUCCUCCCGCACAGAUCACGUUCACAACCCGAGGUUCCACUGUAUUAGGGGGAAUGUCCACCAAGGUCUCCUCUCAGAAUUGACUGAUCCAACCAACAGGAACCCUGCAGCUUGCCCUGGUUCAAGGUCCAGAGUUUGCCACGAGGUGGAUCCAAAUCUUCCCCCAGCUGCCAUCUUUGUUCUCUCUCUCCACAGGGCGAUUCGGGUGGCCCCUUGGUGUGUGAUGGCGUGGCACAAGGAAUCACCUCGUAUGGCUGUCCCUGCCCGCCAGCAGUUUACACUCGCAUUGCCCAUUACCUUCCAUGGAUCAAGGAAACCAUGAAACGGUGAACAGAAGAAGCAACCGCGGUGACAUUGUGCCUUCUUUCCCACCCCUAAUGCUUUUGCUUGCUGAAUAACCUGCUUGGCUUGCAUUCUGCAACAAAACACACACACACAGAGAGAGAGAGAGAGAGAGAGAGAGAGAGAGAGAGAGAGAGACCCCUCAAUGGCUGCGACAAAGGAAGAUCUAUCAGAUGUUUCAUACAGGAUGGUGUUUGGGCAUGCGCCUUCACUGCCUUCCAUCCCCUUGUAGGAAACCCUUCCAGGGACCUCCAUCUCCCUCAAGCCACUCCUCCCUUCUCCCUUGCUUCUCCCAAUGCAGGGAUGGAGGAACCUGUGGCCCCCAGAUGCUGGAGUCCAGCAACAUCUGGAGAGCCAAAGACGGUCCAAAUGUCUGGAUAGCAUCAUGUUCCUUUAGAUCAGGAGGGAAGGACCUGUGACUCGCUCAAUGUUGCUGGACUCCAACUCCCAUCAGUACUGGCCAGUUUAGCCAAAUGUGAGGGCUGAUGGGAGUUGAAGUCCAGCAACAUCUGGAUGGCCAAAAUGUCAGCCACCUCUGCUUUAGAGGACUCCUCUUGCUCUUCCUUCCAGAGCUCGGCAGACCUGCCAUUGGAACCUGCAUUCUGGGUCAAGGUCAGGUCAAGCCCCUUUAGACUGAGGGAUGUGGGACGUCGUCCUCUUCGCCAGCACGGAAGGACUCUAUCUCAUUUCUAAAUGGUUUCCUCUGUGCAUUUCAUCAGCCCCCCAAAGACCAUUUUAAUCUCUAGAAUUCCUGGAUGCUGUUCUGAAAGACCUUGGCACCCACAACAUCUUUGUUGUUGUUGUUGUUGUUUAGUCGUUUAGUCGUGUCCGCCUCUUCGUGGACCAGAGCAUGCCAGGCCCUCCUGUCUUCCACUGCCUCCCGCAGUUUGGUCAAACUCAUGCUGGUAGCUUUGAGAACACUGUCCCACCAUCUCGUCCUCUGUCGUCCCCUUCUCCUUGUGCCCUCCAUCUUUCCCAACAUCAGGGUCUUUUCCAGGGAGUCUUCUCUUCUGAUGAGCUGGCCAAAGUAUUGGAGCCUCAGCUUCAGGAUCUGUCCUUCCAGUCAGCACUCAGGGCUGAUUUCCCUCAGAAUGGAGAGGUUUGAUCUUCUUGCAGUCCAUGGGACUCUCAAGAGUCUCCUCCAGCACCAGAAUUCAAAAGCAUCAAUUCUUUGGCGAUCAGCCUUCUUUAUGGUCCAGCUCUCACUUCCAUACAUCACUACUGGGAAAACCAUAGCUUUCACUAUACGGACCUUACAAUUAACCUUUUCACAAAACAAACUCCCCUAGGCUGUGGGUUGUCGCAAUGUGUUGUAGGGAUGGAGGAGACAUUUAAUAUUCAACCUGGAUUGAAAGUUAAACCUCCCUCACUCACACUUUUUGAAACAAGGUUCACACCAAAAACAGCCAUCCUCCAAAAUUCACAUUUCUCCAGAUUUUGCAGUUUAGGGCUCCAGCCAAGUCAUGUUUAUGGGAAUGCACAUAAUGAGGGUAACGUGUGUCCUUUGAUGCAAGAAAUAGUUUAAAAAAAGCAUGCCAAAAAUGCAUUAUCUUACGGCAAACUGCUUUGCAAAAAAUGUGAAUUUGUGGCACAAUUGCAUACAAAAGUGUGUAUCGAAAGAAAUUCACAUUAAAAUGCUGUUGAAUUUUCAUGAGUUUUCCGUCUGUUCUUUAAAAAAAAAAAACAACCCUGCAAACUUAUACAGAUAUUUGGAUAACUGAACUUAUGAUGGGAAAAAGAAGAAGCUGGGAGGCAUAACAGUGGACAAUUUGUCUAUCCAUGUCUAUGCCGUAGGCAUGGGUGAUUUCAACUACCUUGACAUAGACAGGCUGCCCUUGUGUCCCUGCCAUAACCAAGAGGUAAAAAUGUCUAGUUGCCCCAAAGAACUGUGUCCUAGAACACCUGGUGGCCUCAGGGGGGCUCAGGCGGGGCUUCCUCUUAAGUGGCCCCCUUGACGCGGCGCAAGACGUCAGUAUCGUUGAACCAGUUGGGAGCAGGGACCACAGUGCUAUUAAAUUAAAGACAUGCCUACAGGGCCAAUUGGGACGCAGGUGGCACUGUGGGUUAAACCACAGAGCCUAGGACUUGCCGAUCAGAAGGUCGGCGGUUCGAAUCCCCACGACGGGGUGAGCUCCCAUUGCUCAGUCCCUACUCCUGCCAACCUAGAAGUUCGAAAGCAUGUCAAAGUGCAAGUACAUAAAUAGGUACCACUCCAGCGGGAAGGUAAACGGCGUUCCCAUGUGCUGCUCUGGUUUCACCAGCAGCGGCUUAGUCCUGCUGUCCACAUGACCCGGAAGCUGUACGCCGGCUCCCUUAGCCAGUAAAGCGAGAUGAGCGCCGCGACCCCAGAGUCGGUCACGACUGGACCUAAUGGUCAGGGGUCCCUUUACCUUUACUACAGGGCGAUUGCCAAUGUCAGAAGGUAGUGUGGUUGCUCGAGAGUAAACAGGCAAGACUCCGGCCUGUCUUUUCCAGGCUUUAUUCUUGGUGCAACAGUGAAGAGCGUCCUAAGUUCAUGUCUGGCUCAAGCGCUAGCAGAAUCUGGGAGUGCUCGGCCUUUGUACCUCCCCCAGCAUAAAAGUCAUGUGACCCCCAGCCUUUUCCGCCCCUCCCUGCGCCGAAGCCUACUGCGCAGAAUGGGUGCUGGCAAGGGCGCACUUCCCGCCUCUCCGGUGUGCUCAGGCAAACAACAACAACACAUUUGUGUGGAUACAUUAGCAGUUUAUUGUGAAUUAAUCUUGAGAUACAGAGUUGCAUGCAAGUUUGCCAAACUGGCGCAUCUUUUGCAAAGCGAUUCCCCCAAAAUAAGGCAUUUGGGGCAGGCUCCUUUCGCUGCUACGCACACUGACAGACACACCUCAUUCCAGUAUCUGCAUUUUUGUGCACUAAACUUUCCUGGAGAGCCAAACUGCAAAAUUCAGAGGAGGGCGAAUUUGAAAGGAUAGGUGUGUUUCGGAUCUUAUUCCAGAAAGUAUGAAUGAGGAAGGUUCAGUCUUACCUUUGAGCUGAAUUUAAUUUCCCCUCUGUCCCACAACAUCACCACAACCAUUAGCCUGGAGGAGUUUGGCAUGUGAAAUGGUAAACUGGUAACUUUCAACUUUUGGUGCCAAGGUCUUUUGUAUGAUUGCCUAGGAAUCCUAGAGCUCAGACCAGUGAUUUGGACAUCGAGGAAAUGCACAGAGCAAGUCCCCUAGGGCUGAAAUGAAAUAUCUCAUCUGGAACAGGGUGAGAAAUUCCCACAGUCCUGGCCACUAACUGAUGCUCUGUUUCCAGCAAUUUUAAUGUCACCUUGGGGGCACAUAACAUCUCCGUUAAAGAACCCUCUCAGCAAGUGUUCAGCGUUGAGACUAACUACCCACACCCUGAAUAUGACAAGAACACCAUCUCAAACGAUAUCUGUCUGCUCAAGGUAACUGGUACAACAAUCUAGUUGAACGUGGGCCAUUAAUAUUAUCCAUACUGUAAUAUUAUCAUUUGGGACGCGGGUGGCGCUGUGGUCUAAACCACAGAGCCUAGGGCUUGCCAAUCAGAAUGGUCUAGAUUGUGUGCAGUUUACCCUGCGACAGGGUGAGUUGACUCAAAGUCCCUGCUCCUGCCAGCCUAGCAGUUCAUAAAGCACGUCAAAGUGCAAGUAGAUAGAUAGGAGUACUCCUCUAGUCUGGGAAUGUUGUUCUAAACAGCGAUUUCAGUCGUGCUGCUCUGGUAUUGCCAGAAUGGCUUCGCCAUGCUAGCCACAUGACCCAGAAUGCAGUGCGACGGCCCCUCAGCCAUUCUCAAGACUCGUGAUGAGCACCACAACUCCAGAGUUGGCCACGACUGGACCUAAUGGUCAGCGGUCCCUUUACCUUUUAUUAUCAACACAGUCUGCUGGGUUUUUUUGCCCAAAGUUCCCCAUUUUAGAGGCACCAGACUCCCCGAAGGGUUUCCUCAAGCAACACUAAACCAAUGAGCUCUCUCCCAUCUCUCUUUUCCGCAGCUGAAUUCCAAGGCUACUCUGAAUGAAUAUGUCCAGAUCCUGCGCUUGCCCAAAUUCGACCGUGACCUCUCCCAUGGGACCUCCUGCAGCGUGGCAGGAUGGGGCCGGGUUUACAAAGACUGGUCACCAGACACUCUCUACGAGACCAAUGUUGCCAUCUACGACCGUGGGUUGUGCAGUCGGCGGUAUUCACAUCUCAAUUGUGGGAAGAUCUGCGCCGGGAGACCCGACGAGCCUGAGGAUUCUUUCACGGUGAGAGCCAGCAGAAGCAGCAAGUGACAGGAUCGGGCGGGGGUUAUGGAUCCCACCCUUCUGAGGGAUCGUUCACUUCUCCAGGAAAAUGGACAUGGGCUUGUAUUCUGCUAAGGGCUCCUUCCCACUUUCGCUUGUCCCUCUGCUUUCCCGGGGGGGGGGUCACUCCUUAGCGCUCAAUUGGAGCAAUCGGCCAUCAAGCUUUGCAUGGAUUGCCGUUUGUUCCGAUUUAGAACUUAAAUAGUCAGUUUUCCUGGGAAAGGAAGGAGCGGACGAGCCCCAAGUCGUACUGAGAGUAGAUCGACUAGUAACCUGGCAGUUUGCCCUGGUUCAAGAAGAAGAAGAAGAAGAGUUUGGAUUUGAUAUCCCGCUUUAUCACUCCCCUUAAGGAGUCUCAAAGCGGCUAACAUUCUCCUUUCCCUUCCUCCUCCACAACAAACCCUCUGGGGCUGAGAGACUUCAGAGAAGUGUGACCAGCCCAAGGUCGCCCAGCAGCUGCAUGUGGAGGAGCGAGGAAUCGAACCCGGUUCACCAGAUUACGAGUCCACCGCUCUUAACCACUACACCACGCUGGCUCACGCUGGUUCAAGCGUGAGAGUUGACCACAAUGUGGAUCCAAAUCUUCCCCCAGUUGCCAUCUUUGUCCUCUCUUUCCUCUCCACAGGGAGAUUCGGGUGGCCCCUUAGUGUGUGAUGGCGUGGCACAAGGAAUCGUCUCGUAUGGUUACCCCUGCCCUCCUGGAGUUUACACUCGAGUCUCCGAGUACCUUGAUUGGAUCAAGGAAACCAUGAGGUCCUGA